AACAAUAGUGCUAAGCAUUUAAGCUAAUGUUUGGUAGUGAGGAAUCAUCCAAAAAUGUGCCACACAAGCAAGGCAGAUGACCAAUAUAGGAGACUCAUCAUCAGCUGAGUGAGCGAGAGAAAGAGAGAGAGAGAGAGAGAGAGUUUUAGGUAGAAAUGAAAAUGGCUCUUAGCAUGCAAUAAAUGAUGUAAUGAUAAAGUGAACUGAACAAUGUGAUAUUGAAGUAUUAGCAGGAAGACGUUUUUCAGUGACAGGAUAUCUGGGCUUUAGUGAUGAGUAGGUAAAUCUAAUACAUGUGUUUCAAGUCGAGUAUAUGCCCUUUAAGUGCACUUCAAUUUGAAAAUCUUCAUGUAGGGUUUAUAGCUUAGUUAAAACUUAGAAGUAACUCUCUCGUGAACAAUAUAUAUUUCUUCUCCUGCUGUGUACUGACAGAUGAAAACAUAGAGGACAGCUGGUCGAUGUCAGGAGGUUUCCGCAAUUGGACAUCGCCAAGCCUAUCGACACCCAACAUCAAUGAGGCCUCAAGUAAGGAUAUUGCUGCUUCACUGCACAAGAAUGUGCUGUCAUGGGGAGUGUGGCGGGGGCCAGAGCAGAAGGAGAGUGUGUUUCUUCGAGCAAUAGCACACUCUGCCUACUCUCAGACUGCAGAUAGAGGAUCUUACAGUGGUGUUUCUAGCCUGUCCAGGUCUGCAAGUGUCCCAGAUGUGCUGGGAAGGAGUCCAAAGACAGCAUUUUCUUCCAUUACCAUCGCAUCCCGGAAGGUUCUGCGCUCAUUCUCCACCUCUCGGGAAACUUUGUGCCCAUCCUCUCAAAGACAGCCUUUGAGGGUAUUCUCUGCACAUAACGAAAAUUUUGGAACAGGAAUCUUACCCACGAGCAGAAUGAGAGUCCCAGAAUCCCAGCCGGACUUGAGCAGACAGAACUCUACUAUUGUAACCUCGAAUAACUUCAGACAGGCCUACUCACCAGCUGAUAGGUUGGCAGUGAGAGAUUGGGGAAAGAGGAAAGCACAACUUGUUCAACACAGACAGAGCCACACAGAGAGCAACAGAAAGGAGGAUGUGAUGGGCUGCUCUUUAAUAGAUCUGUCCUCGAAACCUUCCUACAGGUCCUGUGUCCAUCUGGAGGUGCCUCUGAGGUCUAGUAGCUCUGUUCUGUUUUUGGACAAGUCACUUUGCAUUUCCCUUGUGGGACUGGAGGAAAGAAGAGCAAGUCAACCCACUUUGUUCAGGUCAACCUUUUCUAUUCGCCUCAGUGGCUCAUCCUGCCGAAGAUAUGCUACGAAAAGCAAAGUAGCCAAAACAAAUUUGGGAUACAGGAGACCCAGAUCGGCCAAAUUAGACGGCUACAAAUGCAAUAGCCAAGAGAGUAAUUUGGGCCACUGCAGAGGCUCUCUGCCAAAGCUCAGGGGCGACAAGGUUGUGAAAAUAGCACCUGCUUGUGGUGUGAAGGUGGAGGUGGAUGGUUCAGACACACAAUGCUUGAGCGCUACUUCAGGAAUAUUGUCAUUCAGAGGGCCAGACCGCUCAAACACAAAGACUGCAAGGCAGAAGGGGAAUGCUGAUGAGGCAGCUUUCCCUGUCCGGACCGAUUCCAGGCACAAGAAGCAUACUUUCAAUACCCGCUCAGUGGACUCCAGGACCUGGAGCAAGCAAACAAGAAGUGACGAGACAAAGGAGCGACAAGAUCAAGACAGCUCCACAGAGCCUCCAAACGUUUUCAUUUCAGAAAAGACCUUUUCCAGUUCCGAGGCUGAUUCUCUGGAAGAAAUGCCCCAAACUCUCAGCCUCAAAGAGGCUUUGGAGCUCUUCAGGCCAGACUUCAUCAGCCGAUCUCAAGGUCGGUUGAAGAGGUUGGAGAAGAGGGCCAUGAGGAGGAGAGCGCUGCAGGAGUCCAAUCCAGACCUGGUGCUGGACCUGAGGGAGGAGGGAUGCAGACAAAGGAGGAAGUGCACAACACCUGAUCCACUUAGCGAUAACCUUUUCAAGCCUAGAGAGAGGUCUAUAUCCGGCAGAGAGAUGCAGCUGAGGUCCAGACGGAUUUACAACAAGCUGCCAGAGGUGACAAAGAAAAAGGAAGAGGAGAAAAAGAGGGCUGUAUCACAAAGCAACAGAGUACGAGCAGAAGUCUUCAAAAAGAAACUCCUGGACCAGAUCCUGCAGAGAUAAACAAGAGACACUGACCAUUUUCCAUAAAUCUAUGUAAAUAAUUCUUGUGCCUUUGCAUAUCGUUUCAUUCAAUCAAAGCUCACUUCCUACUAUAAUGGUCUGCUGAAAACGUUCUUGAACUGCUUCAAAUGCAAAGAAAUGCAACAAAUAAAGAAAAAAUGUAUUUUGCUGACAUUGUCAAGUGUUUCUAGUCGUCUAGGUUGACCGCUUUAGGGUGGUUUUUCGCUAUUUGCAUAUCUGUCUGGUUUGACUUGACACAUUAUGAAGACACAAGGCCAAAAAUAUACGGUCAAAUUAUUCAUGAGAUGUAAUUAAAUAUGAUGUUUAUAUGCUUUUAACUUAAUUGUUAUGUACAGACACUGAAAAAGCCAAACCUGCUCUGACAGAUGAAAUAUUGAAGCCAUCAGCUUUUCAUCUGUCUUCCAUGCUUAAAUGUCCACCCAGUGAUGAAAUGCAUUGCCCAUUAAUCAAAGCAUUCUUCUCAUUUCUCUUCUAAUGGUUUAAUUCCUUAUCUACCAUAUCAGGUCCCACUAAUGUAUCUCAAAAUGAAAUGAAAGCAUUCCAAGGACAUUCCUUCCUAGAAAUGGUAUCAUUCUACAGGAAAUUGAGUCGCAGCGCUCUGAGCAAAACACCUUGACUCUGACAUUGGUACAGUACUUAGGGUGCUUCUCAAGCAUCCAGAGGGGAGAACCAUGUUUCGUCAUUGACUACGCAUCUGCCUCGAGGCCUCUGGAUCCUCCCAUCCGGAACAGAGGAAUUCCAAGCUAAUCGAACUCAGGAGACACGCAGAGCCUUGUGAAUGGAGGCCUUUGUCACAUAUGCACCAAACCAGGGAUGACAAUGUAAUAAGAGAGGAGACUCCAGCGCAAAGCUUGUGACCGCAGUCCAUAUUUAGCCAGAAAAGGUGACUGACAUCUCGAUGGCAUUUAAACAGAGCCUGCUGGGAUACGACGAGAACAGGGGAAGAACAUGUUCUGUAGGUCUUACACAAACACGCUGAAU